GAAUGCGCUAAGAGUUGCCGAGAAAAAUUACCUUUUGUCACUUUUGUCUUUACAGUGCGUGUGUUUUCAUAAAUUUCCAGACGAAAAAUCUAUUUUAAUCGUAUAUCACUGCCCUAUAUAUUGCGGUAUAAGUGUAAUCAGGAAAUAGUUGUAUUGCAGCGGUUUGAGGGUAGAUUAAUAAGCCCCAGUAAUUAUACAAUGGAGGAACGCACUGGUUCGGAACGUGUGUACGGUGGUUGUGAGGGACCGGACGCUAUGUACGUAAAACUGAUCUCAUCGGAUGGACACGAAUUCAUCGUGAAGCGAGAACACGCACUCACAUCGGGAACAAUUAAGGCUAUGCUUUCCGGGCCGGGUCAGUUUGCCGAAAACGAAGCGAACGAGGUCAACUUUAGAGAAAUUCCAUCGCACGUCCUAGAAAAAGUUUGCAUGUACUUCACGUACAAGGUACGCUACACAAACAGUUCGACAGAAAUUCCCGAGUUCCCAAUCGCACCGGAGAUCGCCCUAGAGCUAUUGAUGGCUGCUAAUUUUCUAGAUUGUUAGAAACCAGUUAUGCCUGUAAACGUACGUACGAGAUAAAAAAAAAGCUAGCGGCGAUCGAGUAAACGGCGAAGAAUGAACGGAUGAAUACAAAAAUUUAACAACUCGAACAAUUUAAUGGUAACAUUGAUAAACUUUGAAAGGCUACACAAAAACAGAAUUAUAUUAUGUUACCACCCAAGAUCGAAAGGUAAAUUUAACAGUUGUUCUGUCAAGUCGAGAUGAGAGAAAUCUAAUACACUCAGGUUUUUUUUUACGCGGGGGAUACGAGCCGCGUAAAUGAAAACCGCGUAAAUGAAAACCGCGUAAAUUUCAAAAUCCGCGUAAAUGAAAACCGCGUAAAUUUCAAAAUCCGCGUAAAUGAAAACCGCGUAAAUUUCAAAAUCCGCGUAAAUGAAAACCGCGUAAAUUUCAAAAUCCGCGUAAAUGAAAACCGCGUAAAUUUCAAAAUCCGCGUAAAUGAAAACCGCGUAAAUUUCAAAAUCCGCGUAAAUGAAGACCACUUAAAUUUAAGAAUCCGCGAUAAAGGGAACCUCAUUGAUGGAUACCGCGUAAAUUCCAAAAUCCGCGUAAAUGAAAACCGCGUAAAUUUCAAAAACCGCGUAAAUGAAAACCGCGUAAAUUUCAAAAACCGCGUAAAUGAAAACCGCGUAAAUUUCAAAAUCCGCGUAAAUGAAAACCGCGUAAAUUUCAAAAUCCGCGUAAAAAAAAACCGCGUAAAAAAAUACCGCGCAAAAAAAAACCGCGUAAAAAAAAACUUGAGUGUACUCUGUAGAGAACAACUGCUAGCUUUUUCUUCUAACCGAUAAAUGAUUUUUAUGAGAACCAAUUCUGGUUAAUAACGAUAUAAUGUGAACAUACUGGAUCAUAUUUAAAUUCUAGAAGUCUAAGAAUCAUAAUUUAUUCGUUAUGUGUUGUUUUAAUUUUUGCCUCAUUUCUUAUACAGCAAGUAUCUCGAUGGAAAACUAUUGGGAUAACUUUACGAUUGCAUAUGUCAUAUAUUUCGAUAAAUAACCUGUCAUAUUAUUUUCAUUCCCAGCAAUUCUCUUGGUGUGUGCGUUUUAGCUUGCCGCAAGAUAGCGUUCUUAUUUCUUAAAAAAUGUUAAUUACCGAUUGUAGUACUAUUAUACUUAUUAACAAAACAUUGAAAAUGGGCAUGGAUUUAAGAUAGGGACAAAAAUUAAGCGAAAAUCGAUUGAGGCGAAGUACGACUUGAGAUGUAUUUGUCAUGCUGAAAACAUUUGUGAACAAUACAACGGUUACAUAAUGAUAUGGAUAAGACGAGAAGGAAA